CACUUCACAGCCCAUACAAAUCGGUGUUGAGCUGUGUGAACAGUACUUUAAAGAACUUGUUCCUAACCUAACGGCCCAUCCAGUAGCAAUGUGUACACCGACAAUACGCUGUUAAAGUGUGCGGACAGACUUGGGUUAGCGCGCUUUCCGCCGUGAGUUGUGAAACGAUUUUUUGAUGGAAAACUCGCUUUCUUAAUCCACGUGAGUUAUCUGGACGGUGUCGUGUUGUGUUGACGUUUGACGCUGACUGUUUUUCGAGGACCGAAGACCUCCCUUCAUAUUGGAAAGUGCCGAGAUCGCCAGACGUCCCGUACAGGAGCUUCGGGAGGCAUUCGAAAGAGUAGUGAAAAUUCCCCGUUGUAAAAACCUAACCACCUGUUCGACGAACAUAGGGCUACGGUUGUAAACGCAGAAUAGUGCGAAGCCAGUUUACUAAGUGUUGUGUGAUGCGCGACAAGUGACUAAAAAAUGUCCUUAGACGAUAAGAUACAGGGAACGAACGGGACGGAAACGAAAAAUCUGGAAGCGUCAGAGCUCGACCCCUGCAUGGAGGAUACCAAGGACGGCCGGAAAUCGGACUUUUUUCAUCGGUACAGAGACAGGGCAUGCGAGAAAUCCGGCCUGUCCCACAAGGGGCUCUAUAUCGUGGGUGGGAUUGUGAUCUUGGCGGCUUUGCUUUUUAUAGUGGUGAUCGCCCUAGCGGCCGCGUGGCCCAGGAUACCCCACAGGUACCAGUUUCCGGUGUGCCGAGACGCCGAGUGCCUGGAGGCUGCAGCUCAGAUUCAGGAAGGCUUAAAUAGUUCGGUCUCGCCUUGCGACGAUCUGUGGCAGGCAACCUGUGGAGGAUGGUUGAAAAAAUAUCCUCUUCCGAAAGAUAGGGGCAUAUGGAACCAAAAGCAGCAACUCGUGAGGCGAGAAUCCGAAAGAGUGCGGGACCUCAUAGCCACAUUGGAGUUGCCCGUGCACUCCGGUACGGUGGAAUGGAAGCUGAAGCAUCUGUACGAGGCCUGCUUGGACGUGGAUAACGUGAACACCGACGACGCCAGACCGCUCCUUGACAUCAUAUCGGAACUCGGUGGAUGGUACGUCCUGAGAGACUGGAGCGAAACGGAUUUUGACCGGAACAAAAUUUUUACACAGUUGCACGUCAGAUAUGGAGUGUCUCCGUUUUUCAAAAUUUCCGUCGAGCCUAACCCCAAUAUGCCCGGUCACAACAGCAUCGUGUUGUCUCCCUCUGGACUGGGCCUGCCGGACAAAGAGUACUACUUCAGAGACGAAGAUGAUCGAGUACAGAUGGCUUACAAAGAAUAUAUCAGGGACGUGAUAAUCCAUUUAAGUAGUACCGCUCGGAACGAAGCCACCAAGUUUGGUACAGACAUGUUUUCUUACGAAAAAAGAAUAGCGGAAGUUACGCCUAAUACGAUCGACCUUCAAAAUCCCGUAGCGAUGUAUAACUCUGUCUCUAUAUCAGAACUUAAAGAAACAACGCUGAUACCGUUUUAUGACCUACUGCAAGCCAUGUAUCCAGAGUCAAAUAUUACGGAGAAUACAGAAGUCAUAGUUACCUCAUUAGAGUAUUUGGGGCAUAUCGCACAAAUUAUUUCAACGACCGACAGAAAAACCAUGAACGGUUAUUUAAUAUGGACACUAGUUCGACGGUAUAUUCCGUAUCUAUCUAAUAAGUACACCUCGGCGAUGGAUACUUUUAAUUCAGAACUUUUUGGUAUAGAAAAACCUUUACCGAGAUGGGAGAUCUGCGCCGGCAUUGUAAGAAAAUUCAUGGGCCUCGCCACGAACAACUUUUUAGAAAAAGACAAUCCAAUUCCUGGCGAAGCAAUCUCCGUUGUCAAUAACACGUUUAAUUCCAUUGCCACUGUGGUGAGAAACAGACUUGGUAAAUUCGAAAAUAACGCCUUGUUAUACCGACAUCUAAAAUUAAAGCUAGCCACCCUCAGGUUACAAGUGGGAGUGCCGGAAAACGCAAAGAAAGAACCUUUCCUGAAAAGCUACUUCUCGAGUUUGAGGAUAAUCAAGACGAACCUAUUUGAGAGUGUAAAGAACGCGAUAAGUUUUAAUAGAAAACUGGAAGAAAAGAAACUGACGAAUCUGGUUCAUGAGGAACCGAUGAUGUCUUACGCCUUAGAAAAUGUUCCUAAAGUGACAUACUCCCCGUCGGACCACACCGUUGUAAUACCCCGGAAUUUGCUGACUGAUCCCGUUUUUCAUUAUAACUAUCCCAGCUCUAUACUCUAUGGAAGGUUAGGGGUCGAAAUAGCAGAAGCAGUAAUAUCAUCGAUUCUGCCCUACGACAGUCUAUGGACAUCUGAUAGGAAGAUCCUAUCGCCGUACCAUAAGACAGUCGACGAUUCCAUCAACAGCGUACACUCCGCCUUAAAAUGCUUGAGCGAUUACGCGUCAAACCUAAACUUGGUUCUUCCAUAUGGUAAAGCGAACGAAACCUCUCUACGAAACUUGAAACAUUUAUCGGCAGUGAGUGUGACCAACGAGGCGCUGAAAUUGUCUUUAGAAAACACGGACCAUCUUCACCAACCCUCUCUGGAGAUGUACGAGGAUUCGGCACUGUUUUUCCUGGCCUAUUCUCAGACUAAGUGUUCUGAAUCUACCGUUCAGCAUCAACUUUAUGAAAAUAUAAUACACUUUCAGUUGCCCCAGAAAGUUUCGUUGCUUUCGACGUGGGCCCAAGUGCCGGAAUUUUCAGAGUCCCUCGAGUGCAAUCGCAACAGGAAAUUGCAGUGCAGUGAUAUAUUUUAACUUAGAACCUAGGAUGUUAGGAAGAAGAGAAAUAUUUUUGUGAUGUAAAUAGAACUCUAAAUAAUUUUUAUUUUUCGAUUUACUGAUAACUUAUUUAUUUUGUACA